GCCUACUCUUUGCCUUAGGCAAGUUUCGGCGACACAGCGUACACGGCUACCAACACCCUUAAGUUAACAUAAAUAAUAAAUAUAUUAAAUAUAUGAUUAUAGCGAUUCCAAGAAUUAGCCAUGUUAUUCUAUUCUUUCUUCAAAUCCUUGAUCGGAAAAGACGUAGUCGUUGAAUUAAAGAAUGAUCUCAGUAUUUGUGGAACAUUAUAUUCCGUCGACCAGUACCUGAACAUAAAAUUGGCUGACAUUAGCGUAACAGAUUCGGAAAAGUAUCCUCAUAUGUUAUCGGUAAAAAAUUGCUUUAUUCGUGGAUCUGUUGUACGAUAUGUACAACUUCCAGUAGAUGAAGUAGAUAUUCAUCUCUUAACUGAAGCAGCACGCAGAGAAGCAAUGAAUGCUCAAGCAAGAUAGUUUACAUUAAUUAUUUAUAUGAAUCCUCCUCUUUUUUUAUGCAUAUGGCUUAUUCUAUGUAAAAAUGAGAUACAAAAGUAUUUCAUAUUCACAUAAUUCUAAAAUGGUGAAUAACAAAGUAUCAUUUUUUUCAAUACAUAUACAUAUCUUUAUUCAAUUAUUUAAGAUUUGUAACAAAUGCUAUUUUCAAAACUUCAAACAAUGCAUAUUUAAAAUUGUGUAAUGAUAGUGAAGUUACGUUUAUUUAUUUGUGUUUAUGAAAAUAGCGCAAUCAGGAUUUAUACGUUUAUCUUAUUUCCAAUCUGAUAAAGUUGCAUCCUCCCAGAUAUAUCUUCCCUUUAUUUCUGUAUUUUCUGGCAAUAAAGCACAAUAAACAGGUGCUAUGGCUCCUUGAUCUGGUGUCAAAGUUCCUCUAUGGCUAGUCA